GGCUGAAAUCUCCUCGCGCUCCCUUCCCGCGGUGAUGACGUAUCCGUGAACAGUCAACAGACACACACACGGUCGGUCCGGACUGGAGCUAUACCGGGGCCAAUAAUUUUCUCUUUUUUUCUGCUGUCUGUGCGUUUUGGCGAUCUGUUUAACAUCAUUCAUACCGGGCGGCCGGAAUAGAGUGUUUACACGGAGCACACGACGCCGUUUGUGGCGGUUUUUGUGGAUGAGAGCGCGCUCUGGAGUGUGACGCCUGUUUUUAUUUGUGUUCACUGCGACACGGAAAGUGACAGUGCAGGAUUCAUCGUCCUGACAGCUUAAAGACACGACUGGAGCGAUACACAUGCUAUUGCACUUUAGAUCAUUGGCUUAAAGAGUCAGUUUUAGUACUUUAGUCGUCUUGCUGUAGGAGAGCAGGCCAGUGGAGAAAGCCUAAUCAUCAUCAUAAUCUUCAUCGUCCCACGCCUGGUUUUUACAGUCCAAUGUUUCAGAUUUAAAUACAUCUGUCAGUGCUUAACUUAUUCUUGAACGCGAUGAGAGGAAAGUAACAGUGUUAUUGGUGGACCUUAUGUUGUCAACCUGAUGUGCAUGUGAGAUAUUCUCUUUUAAUGUGGAUGAAACUGAUACAGAUCGACUUUGGAAGAUGUUGUAGGUGUUUACAACUUUGUUAGGAACACAGGAUUGCUAAAGAAAAGACUUAAGACACAGGGUAGAGUGAAUUGCCUUAUGCAAUCCUUUAAAUCAAUACUACAGCGACCGUUUGAAUGAAUUGAGGUGCGUAAAUAAGUUAAGGACCACCAUUUAAAGCUAUGAUGUGAACUUUUAGUACGCUAUGCACUUAUUAAGGAGAUAUUGAACUGUUUCUCCCUGGGUUUGCGAGGAUAGAACUGCAUUGUAGGUGAUUGAGGGAACUUCUGUUGGUUUUUAGUGCGUGACAGGCAGUGGCGUGUGCUCCAGCUCCCUGGAAAUGAGAAAAUGAAUUGCGAGGAGCAAGCUGUAGAUUUGUGCAAUGCUAUAGAUUUGUGCAAUGUGUCUGACAACACUAAAUCACACACGGCGGACGAAAUCCUUCCCCGUGACGGCCUCCUGCCAGGGGAUGGAGAUCAGGGGGAGCGGGACGCUGCUGUCCUGUCCAGGUUAAAAGAUGUCCAUUCGAAGGACGAUGCUUCCACUGAGCUCAAAGCACCGCAUAGUAAAAACAACGGCUCCAUUGCCGUGUCAGCCGACCCUGUUAAUGGUUCUGCAGGCGAUCUGCAACAGAACGAGGAACCGCCAGUGAGCAAGUGCUCUGUUGGAGAUGGUGGGGGUGGUGAUGAGAAUGAUGAUGGUGAGAUGGAUAUCGGUGUGGAUUUAAGUCUGGAUGAAAAUGGCGUUUUGGAAUUCGAGCCAACGGCCCAAAGUGAGGAAAGUGCCUCUAGUUGUGAGAACUCUCUAACACCAGAAACUGUCAUAGAACUGCAUUCACAGCAACCUCCGGAAGAGCGCAGUGAGGAUGUGCCCUCAGAAACCGCGUCAGCGGCUACAACACCAGGCAGUGGAUCCGGGAGUAAGCACGGGUCCAAAAGGGUGACCUUUCCGUCAGACGAAGACAUCGUCUCUGGUGCGGUUGAGCCGAAGGACCCUUGGAGACACGCCCAGAAUGUGACGGUAGAUGAGAUUCUGAAUGCCUACAGACAAGCAUGCCAGAAGCUCAACUGCAAACCAAUCCCUAAAGUGCUCAAACAGAUACAGGACUUAAAAGACCUGACACAGCGAAACGAGUGCCUAGAACUCAAAGGAGAGAAGCUGGACUAUAAGUCGUGUGAAUCUCUGGAGGAGAUCUUUAAGAGAGUGCAGUUUAAAGUGGUGGAUCUGGAACAGACAAACUUAGACGAGGAUGGAGCGUCCGCUUUGUUUGAUAUGAUAGAGUACUAUGAAUCUGCCACUCAUCUCAAUAUAUCCAGCAACAAGCACAUGGGCACACGCGGCUGGCAGGCCGCCGCGCACAUGAUGAGGAAGACGAGUUCUCUGCAGUACCUGGACGCCCGGAACACCCCGCUGCUGGACCAUUCGGCUCCGUUCGUGGCCAGAGCUCUGCGGAUCAGCGGCAGUCUGACCGUCCUGCACCUGGAGAACGCCGGCAUCUCAGGACGACCUCUCAUGCUGCUGGCCACAGCACUGAAGAUGAAUAUGAACCUCAGAGAGCUGUAUUUGGCCGAAAACAAGCUGAACGGUCUGCAGGACUCGGCUCAGUUGGGGAAUCUGCUGAAGUUCAACUACAACAUCCAGAUUCUGGACCUGAGAAACAAUCACAUACUGGACUCAGGGUUGGCGUAUAUAUGUGAGGGUCUGAAGGAGCAGAGGAAGGGUUUGGUCACUCUGGUGCUCUGGAACAACCAGCUCACACACAAUGGCAUGGGAUACCUGACCGCCGCUUUGCCUUUCACUCAAAGUUUGGAAACACUGAACCUUGGUCAUAACGCAGUGGGGAACGAAGGAGUGCACAAACUAAAAGACGGACUCAUAGCAAACCGGUCCAUCCUCAGACUGGGUCUGGCCUCGACCAAACUCUCCUGUGAAGGAGCGGUGGCUAUCGCAGAAUUCAUCGCUGACAGUCCGAGGCUCCUCCGGCUGGACAUGCGGGAGAAUGAAAUUAAAACCGGAGGCCUCAUGGCUCUCACGCUCGCCUUUAAAGUCAACACAUCGCUGCUCCGACUAGACCUGGACCGAGAGCCCAAGAAAGAGACGGUGAAGAGUUUCAUUGAGACGCAGCGCGCCCUGCUGGCAGACAUUCAGAACGGCUGCAAGAGGAACUUCAUCCUGGCCAAAGAGAAGGAGGAGACGGAACAAAAGAUGAGGCAGUCGGUUUCAAUGGCCGAAAUCGCCACAGAGGACCAAACUCAGGAGGAUGAAGAUGCAUCUGUUGAGAAAAUCGAGGAAGAGAACACCGCAGGUCAGGGAGACGCAACCGAUGAGGGUAGUGUAUCUGACGGCCAAGAGGUCAAAGAUCAAAAACCGACACUACAAGACGACUCGGACUCUGACACCGAGGAUGAGGACGCAGCCGAGGAGCCAGAAGCUUCUGCAAACACCACACCUCCCGUACUGAUUCCUGCAAUAAGCGCCUGUAAGGCCGUGGCCUCGGCACCUCCUCCAGCAGAAUCUCCAGCGGGAAUAACGGUGACCGAAGCCAGCGCUGUCCCCGGAGCCCCAGCAUCUCCUGGCCGUUGCUUUUCGGUGUCUAGUCCCGGCAGAGGACACAAAAUCUUUAUGGUAACCCGUGUGGAAAGCCCUCCGGAGCAGCAACAGAUGACUGCAUUGGUGAAAGGUUUCAGCGAGAGGGCAGCAGAGAGCCAAACAUCCACACAAACUAAUAUAAAAGCACCUUUAGAUGCACCUUCUAACCAAACAGCAUCUGAGCUCAGCACGUUAACAUCCCGUGCAGAAACAACACCAGCACCUGUUCAACCGCUCUACGCCUCUUCACUUGCGGAUAAGCAGGAGAAAGUAAAGGAGUCUCAAGCUUCACCCUCAGAAAUCGAACAGGAACCUGCUACGCCAUUUGAAAGCCAGAAGGACGCCGUCCUUGCCGAUCAGACUCACUUAGAGCAGCAGUUGACUGUAAAUGCAAACACAGAGACAUCGCAAAAUGUAAGCGAGAUGGACCAGAUGUUCUGUUCUCACACGGAGCACACCCAAACAGAGCCGUCAGUGUCAGGACAAUCCCGAGAUGAGACGCUAAAGCCAAAAGCCGAACCAUGUCCAGAACAGCUGCAGGAGGUUCAGCCUGGUGCUAACGGAGAAAAACAAGAGCAACAGGCCUCUCCGCUGCAGGAGGUCACGAGAGGUCACGAACCCCUCGAUGAGGAAAACUGCAGUGCUCGGGCGGGAUCUCCUGACCAGAUCUCCACAGAAGAAGCUGAAGGUCAUCCCGCUGUGAAUACAGGAGCAGCGCUGCCCAAUGGGCUGAAGCCAGAAUUUGCCUUUCACCUGCUUGAACCCGAGGGACCCAAACCUGCCAGCUGCAUUAUGGAGCAUGUGAGCGUGACAGCAGAGCUGAGCUGUGGGCAGGAUUUAGAGGAGCUUCUCCUUGAUGCCAGUCUGGACACCAGCAGAGAUGCACCGUAAUGCUGUAACCAAGGAUCCACACAUGCAGAGAGAAUCAGAAGGGCCGGUUUGUUCUCGUCACACGGCAUCCGCUCAUAUUCCUUGGGUCUCUUUCAGUCUUUCUCAUGUCUUUUCCACUAAUUUUCCAAUCGUUGCAUCAGAACACAGAGGACUCAUCUUCCCUCCAGUGUCCAACUUUGAUUGAAAUUAGGAAAAUCUCUUCUGCGAUUUGCCGUAAAGUUGUAUGUUCGCACAGUUACCAAAGACGCAUAUGCAGAGAAACACACACACACACACUAACCGGCGACCUCCUUCUGUUCCUCACCGUUACGCUGUCGAUUGUGGCGUCUCACCGCAGUGCUGCUCUCCGCCGCCCCCUGGUGGACUGGAGGUUGUAAUGCAGUACAGAGACUGACCGGCUGGAACAUGCGAAGACAUUUCAUUGGUUUUGGCUUUCCGAUAUGGUCAAGUGGGCAGAUGUUGUUUCGCAAGAGCAUCGUUGCGAGUCUCUGUGUGUGUUUGUCGUUAUUAGUGUCUCGUUAACACAAAAAAAAAAGACUUGAGAUCUGCUUUCCGUUGGUUCCUGCUGCUCAGGAAUUGGUCAAAACACCCACUUUUGAUCUCAGAUCUCACCAGGUUCCCUUCAUCAACCAGCACUUCUGAAAGCCUCUGAAACCUGCGUGAAUGUGUGGAACAAUUUAGCGACUCAUCUGAAUGAUUCGGACAUCUUCGUCCUCGGCGAACGAACGAGCUGUACAAUUCUCACUCUCUCUUAACAUCUCAAACACUCAUUCUGUCUUCCAUCGGUAAAACCCUGUGUCACCGUACGUACCCAUCCGAAGACAGGACAAGACACGUUUGCCUUUAAACCUUUUUUCAGCUCUUUAUUCUGGCUGCUUGGCUGAAUCAGUUUGUAUUUAUUUUUAAACAACCCGAGUCUGUUGUGUGAUAUUUUUUUUCUUUCUUUCUCUCCCCUCUUCAUGUUCCCAUCUUUUUUUUUUUUUAAGCUGUUGUUGUGGGAUUUUUCCCCCUUUGGUGUAUAUUUUCAGAUUCUAUAAAGAGCAAAUAUUAAGUUUAAAGUUUUUCUAUUUUGAUUGGUGGGGGUUUGGGAAAGGGAGGGCUCUGUGGAUUGAUAUAUAUAUAUAUAUAUAUAUAUAUAUAUAUAUAUAUAUAUAUAUAGAUAUAGGGCUGGAGCUCUGGGAGAGUAUAUUAUGUAAAUCGGGCGUGAGUUUGGGCGUGAAAUAAGGCAGUCGGAGUGCCAGAGCACAAGACUUCAUGAAGAAAACACUACGCUUGUGUGAAGCUACUGCCGCUGGAGACACUAGAGACUACACUUUACCUCGAGAGACGUCGCCAUCGUCAGACAAACGUGUGAUUCUAGGGCAAACGAGAAGCUUGUGACAUUGAAGCGAGGCUUGAUCUGAUCAGUGUAGUACUUUCCACCAUUCCAGGCUCUGUGGUUGGUGCUUUUCAGUUUCUCUCUCUCUCUUUACCGUCUGGUUGAUGUCGACUCUGACGUCUAUCUGCCAGGCUUCAGAGAAGCUUUGCCUCUACAUCCAGAUUGUCUUUGACCUUGAAAUCAACACUUCUGUGCUGCCCCCCCAACCCGAUGUUUGUAAUGCUUUAUUUUUAGUAAUUUUUAAAAUUACCUGUUAAAUUAAUCGAACUGUAAUGGUAAACACAAAGAGAUGUGUAUGGCUUUUCCCUCUCAAAUAAAUGCAUGUAAUGACAAAAA